AAGAAAGAACUCCUGCAGAAACGCGAUGCAAAGAUUUUUGCACACGUAAAGCACGGAUGAGAGAGGAUGUCUUCCUUUUAACGUCAGUUUUAAAGGAAGCGUCAAGUGCGUUUUUACUUCCGUUAAUGAGUGAUAACCCCGAGGAGUUUGCUUUACAUUAAUGUUAAUGACGACUAAAAUGAAAGCCAUGGCGGGUCAAAUUACCCUGCUGCGUGGAGGCUGCUUGUUUGGAAGUCCGUGCUGUUUCUUUAUUCCAUCACGCUUGUCGCUGGAAUUGCGGGCGUCGCGUUCCCAGUCCACUAGCACAAUGGAUCUCGUCGAUUCAAAGGAAUGCACUCCUUUAACCUCAACGUUGCACUUCUACGAGAAGCGCGACUUCGACCCAUCUUUGAAAUCCUCACCAAAAAUCUGCAAGGAUCUCGGGAAAAGUAACUGGCAUACUCUUUUAAAUGCCUCAGCUAGUCGGUCGCUUCCCUUCAUUGUUGAAUCUUGUGAGUUGGACCUAAUCCAAGCCGCUAAAGACCGCGACUAUUACGACAAAAUUGUGUUGCUUGUCAGUUGCUGCGAGUUAGACAUUCCGAGAGACAGUCAUGAGGAAUCUACGCUGAGUGGACGUGGUGUGGGACAAGCGCUCAGUUUGUCGCGUCGAACCGCCAAUUUCUGCAACCGCGAAACUGGCUUCCUGCCUGAAUUGAUCUUGGUGCCACCACUUCGCUGCAUUAUUGAAACCGCAAUGUUCAGUUUUCCCCAAAGUUCUCCUCACAGUUUAUCGGCCGCCGAAUGGAUAUGUCACCCACAUGUACAGGAUAUUGUAGCGCAUCCAUCUAAACCUGGAGUGUCCGAUCCCCAGCCAUUGGUGUCCGCAAAAAUAGAAAUUCUUGAAAAUACCGACAGCCUGCUGCAGUGGAUUCAAAAACGCAGUGAGCGAGUCAUUGUUGGUAAGCUCAAUUGUUGUCUUGGGCCUUGGUAUGCUGCGACACCCGUAGUGAGCUACCUAAUCGGUUUCUUCUAUCGCCUAACAGUUGCCAGUGAUUCCCCCUGGUUGCAAGCUUUUAGCUGUUCUCUCCGGUACAGCCGGGGAGCAGAAUGUUUCCGGGAAGGAGAGCUGAGGGCGGUGGGCCUCCACUUUCUAUGA